CUAAUGACGGUUGUCCCACCAUCGUAACGAGAUCUCAGUAGGGAGCAAGAGCACCGACAUCCAGAAGUCUUCUACACGGCGCGGUCAAGUAUGCUUUCAUCCAUCAUGGCGCUAGUGCCGCGUGUCACACAGAGACUGAGUGUGCCGCCAUUGUCAGAGGGUACCAGCGAUACCACAUGGACGGACAUCACUGGAACGACAUUGGCUACAGUUUUGUCAUCGGCGAAGACGGCAACGCCUACGAAGGUCGUGGCUGGGACGCAAUGGGUGCUCACACUCAAGGCUACAACUCAGUGGGCCUUGGUUUCUGUAUGAUCGGCAACUUCAUGGAGCGUCUCCCUAACGCCAAGGCCCUGGACACGGUCCAGAAGUUGAUAGCCUGUGGGGUGGCUAAAGGCAAGAUCCAGUCCAACUAUAUUCUUAGGGGACACCGAGACAUGGGCAGCACAGCAUGUCCAGGGACCAAACUGUAUGCCCUCAUCAAGACGUGGCCUCAUUACUAA